CUUUGAAUAACAUUUAAUCCUGAGAGAACUAAUCCCCCCAUUCACUUCACCAGACAGCACUUGGCCAGCAUUGAGGUCCACAGAAUUUGAGUUUAGAGAAAAAAAACAGUGUGUGCAGGUUUGCCUCUCUGCCCACAGCCAGGGUGUGAACGACCUGUGACAAAUGGCCUCCGUAUCUGUAGCAGAUCCCAGUGGACUGAGUCCAGUCGACUUCAUCCAGCUGCAGGAAUAUAUGGAAUACAGCAGUAUGAAGGUGAAAGAUGUGAUGAAAGACUUUAAUGCUGGUGGAAAGCUGGUCCAUCACAGGUUUGGGGAGCGUAUUGAUGUGGAGGGAUUCUCUCUGUUUCUCAAGACCUACCUAGAAGUGGACGAUUUCCCGGCUGACCUCUCCCAGCGUCUAUAUCAGUAUUUUCAAAGUUCUGAACAGCAUGUUCCUGAUCGGAGUGCCCACCCCAAAGACGGUGGCGUCUGCAUCAAAGCUGUAUCAUGUUACUUCUCUGUGCUGGAGGAUGGAAAACCACGUGACAAGCUUGAGUUUACCUUCAAGCUGUACGACCAGAAUGGAAAUGGACUGCUUGAGAGCACGGAAGUUGACAAGAUCAUCACUCAGAUGAUGCGGGCUGCAGAAUAUCUGGGAUGGGACGUGACGGAACUCAAGCCAGCACUUCAGGAGAUGAUGGCGGCCAUAGACGCAGACAGCAACGGUACGGUUACUCAGGAGGAAUGGAUCCAGGGUGGCAUGAACAACGUACCCCUCCUGGUGCUGCUUGGACUCCAGAUGGCAGAUAGAGAUGGUCAGCAUGUUUGGAGGAUGAAACACUUCAAUAGGCCCACAUACUGCUUCGUCUGUCAGAACAUGCUGUUGGGCCUCCGCAAACAGGGCCUGUCCUGCAACGUUUGCAAAUGUACUGUUCACAGCCACUGUGCCAACAAAAACCCUCCGCUCUGCGCUGCCACGUUCGUCAAAUCCAAAGAUGAAUUAGGGAUUGCAGUGCAUGACUGGGUCAGUGCAGACUGUGACUCCAACAAGUGUGAGAUCUGCCAUAAAAAGAUCAAGGCGCUGGCAGGAAAGCGCUGUGUGUGGUGCCACCUGACUUGCCACAUCGAAUGUGUGUCUGUAGGGUCGUUUAACUGUGACUGUGGGCCUCUGAAAGAACAUAUCCUUCCACCGUGGGCCAUAUGUUCCAUGAGCAAGAGGAAUGGUGGCUCACACUGCCUGGAGGAAAGUGACCUGGUAAACAUUACCCCCGAUGGACACUUUCUACAGAUAUUCCCUGUGCAAGGCAUAAACCCUCUGCUGGUGUUUGUGAACCCCAAAAGUGGAGGGAAACAAGGGGAGAGGGUGUUGAGGAAGUUUCAGCACCUCCUGAAUCCACGGCAAGUCUACAAUCUCUCAAAUGGAGGACCAAACCCAGGGCUCCACUUCUUCCGUAAUCUUCAGAAAUGCAGGAUCUUGGUCUGUGGAGGAGACGGCACUGUUGGCUGGGUUCUAGAUGCCAUCGAUAGAACAGAUAUGGCAGUAAACCCUCCUGUGGCCAUCCUGCCGCUUGGCACGGGUAAUGACCUGGCCAGGUGCCUCCGCUGGGGAGGAGGAUAUGAAGGAUCUGAUUUGACAGAAUUUCUCAGAGAGAUUGAGGAGAGUAGCUUAGUGAAGAUGGACCGCUGGAGAGUGCAGGUGGUUCCAAAUGAUGAGAAUGAAGUUGGAGAUCCCAUGCCUAGUGAGAUCAUCAACAACUACUUCUCCAUUGGUGUGGAUGCGUCUAUAGCCCACCGGUUCCACACCAUGAGGGAAAAACACCCACAGAAAUUCAACAGCAGAGCUAAAAAUAAGCUUUGGUAUUUUGAGCUUGCCACUUCUGAGACCAUUUCAGCUUCCUGCAAGAAUCUCAAAGAAUGCCUCACUAUUCAAUGUUGUGGUGUUCCACUGGAUCUGAGCAGUCUUUCCCUGGAAGGAAUCGCCGUCCUUAAUAUUCCCAGCAUGCACGGAGGCUCCAACCUAUGGGGAGAGACGAAGAAGACUGAGGAGGUCCAUAAGGAUGAAGGUCAUUUCCCUCAGGUCAUUACUGACAGUGAGGUCCUGGAAAUGAGCUCUCAGGAUAUGAGUGACAGACUUCUGGAAGUUGUUGGACUGGAGGGAGCCAUUGAAAUGGGCCAGAUUUACACAGGCCUGAAGAGCAAAGGACAUCGUCUGGCUCAAACAACACAGAUUAUGAUCAAGACAAAGAAAGGUUUGCCCAUGCAGAUUGACGGUGAGCCUUGGAUGCAGCCUCCCUGCACAAUACACAUUACGCAUAAAAACCAGGCCAAUAUGCUGAUGGCUCCUCCUGUCAAAUCAUCCGGAUUCUUCCAUCUCAAGUAAAAAACAAUGCACAACAAAGGUAGCUUUUUUCAGUGUAAUUACUUUCAGAUGAUGAGGACAAAGCUGAACUUACAUGAUAACAGCUUGACGUUUUAAUGUUCUUGGUGGGAAACACUGCAAUGUCAAAUAUUGUGUUCUUAAUGUGCUAUAUAAAACUUAGAU